AAACAGAAAGCCCAUUCUCGGUCCAUGAAGCAGAACGGAAAAGGCAAAGCGUGUAACCAAACGCAGUAUAAGCAAGGUAAGCCCAAUGCAUCCAACGGUGCGUAUUCGUUUCAUCAAGAUCAUAUGCUCCUAUCCAAGUGGCACACCGCUAACCAAUCAAGAAUGAAGCACACGUGUGUCACGCGAACCAUUUCCCUGCCCCUGAAAAAACAUGUGGAUGGAAUGGAGGGCAACAAUCCCACACGUGUGAGAGGCCUCAUCUUCAACCUCCCCCACCGUUUCCCUCCAUAUUCCUCUGCACUCACCGGCAGGAAGACGAUGGCGCUAACCUCCGUCUCUUCAUUUUCCAUCAAAUCGCUUAACGUCGUAUCUUCUUCUUCAAGAGGUCCGCACUAUAACUUGCAAUUGCUCUCGAAGCCUUCUCGUUGCGCGUUCUUCCGCUGUCAGAUAACAGAAAGCGAAGACGGAGUCCACGAUCGUUCCGGCGACAAAUGUGCGUUUGCUGAUGCAAAAUCGAAGAGCUGGAGAGCUUUGGUUUCAACUGCACUGGCUGCGGCAGUCGUCGCUUUUGGCGCCGACAUGUCUGCUCUCGCCGAUCUCAAUAAGUAUGAAGCGGAGACUCGCGGCGAAUUUGGCAUUGGAUCCGCCGCACAGUUCGGCUCGGCGGACCUGAGGAAAGCAGUUCAUGUGAAUGAAAAUUUCAGAAGAGCCAAUUUCACAGCUGCGGACAUGAGGGAGUCUGAUUUCAGUGGUUCAACAUUUAAUGGUGCAUACCUUGAGAAAGCAGUAGCAUACAAGGCAAAUUUCUCUGGUGCGGAUCUGAGUGACACAUUGAUGGAUCGUAUGGUGCUUAAUGACGCUAAUCUUACAAAUGCUGUGCUAGUGAGAUCAGUACUGACUCGCAGUGACCUUGGGGGUGCUGUCAUUGAAGGUGCUGAUUUCAGUGAUGCUGUGCUGGAUCUACCUCAGAAGCAGGCCCUUUGCAAGUAUGCAAGUGGCACAAAUCCAAUGACUGGGGUAAGCACCAGAGCAAGUUUAGGUUGUGGAAAUAGUCGAAGAAAUGCUUAUGGUAGCCCCUCUUCUCCCCUGUUAAGUGCUCCACCUCAAAGGUUGCUUGAUCGUGAUGGUUUCUGUGACGAAGGUACUGGCCUCUGUGACGCAAAAUGACCUAAGGCCUGUUAAUCAUAUACUGAAUAGCUAGCAUCCUUUGUGUACAUAUAUGCACGGAGCACUGGAAAUGCAUGAAAAGAACAUAUAUGUCUUUUAAACUUCUGGAUGAAUCGAUGCUGAAUAAAUGAAAAAUAAAUUACUUACAUAAGGUGCCCUUUUUCUAAAGCAUUAGACUACUAGGGUACUAGCAUGGUUGACUCAUUGGCAUUAUCCCUUUACUUCCAAUGAUUCUUUCUCUUUGGAUAAGAGGGGAAUGUGGAUGAAUGAAUUGUCAUCUUGAUCUUAUCUAGGAAACAUGAGAUUCAGCAUGAACCUUGGUGCCUCCAUAUCCUGCAAGUUUAACCAGUAAAUCCUUUAUUUCUUACCAUGCUAGGUGGAAAUUCCCCAAUCAAUUCUCCAUAAACCGCGUAAUUACCAUCAAACAACAUAAAGAAGGGCAUUUUGUCGAACUUGUUAUGUGUGGCUUUGAAGGUGUUGACCCAGUUCACGUUGAAUGUAAUCAUUAGGCCUGCACGCUUUCCUCACAUUUUAUGGUCCUUUAUGCUUGCAAGCACUCACCUUAUUCCUUCUAAUCCCACAUGGUGAAGACUAGAUGUCUAUCUGAGUGGAGCAGUGUAGAGAGAAUCUUUAUUGUGCUAGAAGGACAUCUGAAAUUUCUAUUUGUGCAGAUCAGGAAAUACUUGACAGCUCAUGUGGCAGGGGUAGAAGUUCUAACUAGUUGAAGUAAGGCAUAUGCUAAGUAAUUUGAGUCACCAUGGGGUGAAACCAAUUUUAUUCAUACGUUGGGUGUAGUUCAUGACAAUGUUGAAAUUAAGCAUUCACCCAUUGCAUUUGAACAAAGCAGCUAUAUCUAA